AGUAGUGGUACUGUGAUGCGUCGCAAGGAGCUACCUCUAACUGACAGCGGUCGAGGCAGAGGUUUAAUAGCGAAUAGAGCAAAUCAACAGCAACGUAGAAUGCAAGGCCUUAAAAGUCAACUACCGAGAAGUUAUUCCUCUCCCGCUCCACAAAAUGAGACAAGCCCUCGGAGUAGUCAGAGCAAGGGCGUCGUCAUGAGGAGUUUUUCGUCACCUGAACCGAAACCAUCGAGUAGCAGACGAAAUUCUGAAUCAUUUUAUAGACCAGACUCUCAAGGUUCGAGGAGCGAACUGGACUCUGAUUUGGAGCAUUUUGAACAAUUUGAAGAAUGCUUAAUGGAUAUUGAUGCGGAAGCUGACGAAGUAUAUGAACAAUAUCAGCGAAGUCCCGAGAGAGAAAGACCGAAACGAGUAGUCACUACGCUCCUACCUGGCAGUGGCCUCCAUAAAAUUACAAUUAGACCAAUUUGUUCUAACGCAACCCAAGGCCAAAAUAGUGUUCAAGAAGCUUGUAAAUCGUUGAAAAAGGCUGAAAAUAAAAAAAUUUCUCGCCUAAGUUUUCGUCCCCUCAUCCUGAAAAUGCCAACUCAAAAUAUUCAUCAUUCUGACUCGGAGCACUCUAUAGGUAUUGAGGAGUUGCAGUCAUCGCCACAGCUUGACCUAGAAGUAUUAGAACUGGACAGAGAAUUUGACAAGGGAGAGGAACACUUAAAUAAAGAUAUCGCAAUAGCAGUUGCGGAAAACGAUACUGAGGUACGUUCAGAAGAGUCCCUCCUUUCACCGGGAAAGACAGCAAAAACUUCACGAUGGAUACCAGAAUUCACCUUGGAUGGCAGCAACAGCUUAAAGUCCAACGGCAGCGCCAAGGACCUGGCCUCUGUAAUGGAGAACCUGAAGAAGAGCAGUCUCGCCCGCCAGAACCAGACUCUCAACACACAGGUCACAAGCUCUUUAAAACAACAAAUGGUGUCUAGCACAACGUCAAGCAGCGCGGUCACGAGCCAGCGGGUGCAGAGCUCGUCACAGCGUGCUAGUUCCAUGAAGUCAGACCUCACAGAACUAAAAAGUUCGAUUUCUGAAAUGAAAACACUCAGCAAUUCGGCUUUAAAUUUCGGACAAAGAUUGAGAAGCUCGAUGGAGAACAUUGUAGAUCAAGAUGACAUAAAGGAACGACAUAUUUCUGACAUACGAGAUCUCAGUGAUAUGGGAGAUAUUGGCGAUAUUAGUGACAUGAAUGAUUUGGCAGGAGAUGGCCCUUUAGUUACCUUUCCAGAAUCAGACACGCCGCCACCUGACAAACAAUGUCUAUUAGCUAGCAACGCUACAUCCGUAGGAACUAAUGCCGCGAAUGAGUUAAAAUACAGUGCAGCCCGAAUGACUUCGGCGAGCUCUACACGAGUUGUAACGGACGGAUACAGUGCAUCAAAAUCAGAAGCUAACAGCACAAGGAUGCGCCGGCUACAACACGGGGAUAUGCAAUACGCGGAACGCAGUGCUGCUGGAGCUUCACAUAGACUUUUACAAGCUGAGGGGUUAACUGCGGAACAAAAUGCUGCAUAUCAUCAAGAAAAGCGAUCGUUACAAGCUGGAGAAGUAACAGCUCAGGAAGCGAAUAACAUGUCUGCAACAAGUUCGCGGCUACAAACGGAGGCAUUCAGUGCAGAGAAGAAGGCAAUGGCUUCAUCGCAAGCACGACAAACUGUCACAUCAAGCGGCAUAUUUAGUCAUAAGGAACACUCAAGUGUUGCACAUUCAAAUAUGACCAUAUCGAGCAAAAAUUUAACUACAAAAUCAACUCUUUUAUCCUCACAGAUGAGUCAAUUGUUGAAUGGAACCGUUAAGCCCGGUGAUGAGGACUUAUCAAACUUAACAUUUGAAGAUUUAGAUAAAUUAGAUGCUAGUUCGAACCAAAAAGAUGUCGAAACAGCAAUACAAAAAUAUUCUCACCGUGUGAACGCAUUUAUAACUGCUGUAAAAAAUAAUCAAAUAGAUUUAAAAAACGCAUGCACACACUUUAACAAACUAAAUGAAAUGCUGAGGAGAGCAUGGGCAGUGCCGACAUACGGACACGAAUUGGGUUACUCAUUAUGCAACACAUUGCGAACUUCUGGUGGCCUGGAUAUAUUGAUGGCCAACUGCUUAGAAUCAAGUAAUCCUGAUUUACAAUUUUGUUCAGCAAAACUUCUCGAGCAAUGCCUUACUACGGAAAACAGAGCUCACGUUGUAGAAAACGGACUUGAAAAAGUCGUGAAUGUCGCUUGUGUAUGUACAAAACACGCAAACUCCGUAGAUCACUCAAGAAUAGGUACUGGAAUUUUGGAACACUUGUUCAAACACAGCGAAGGCACAUGUAGCGACGUUAUUAAGCUAGGUGGCUUAGACGCAGUUUUAUUCGAAUGCAGGAAAAAUGACAUUGAAACUCUUCGACACUGCGCCACGGCGCUUGCUAAUCUUUCGCUAUAUGGUGGUGCAGAAAAUCAAGAAGCAAUGAUAAAAAGAUCAGUACCGAUGUGGCUGUUCCCUCUUGCUUUUCACAAUGAUGAUAAUAUUAAAUACUAUGCUUGUUUAGCUAUCGCUGUUUUAGUAGCGAACAAGGAAAUAGAAGCCGCCGUCCUAAAAUCUGGUACUCUCGAUCUAGUAGAACCAUUCGUUACAACACACAAUCCAUCCGAGUUUGCUCGCUCUAAUUUGGCACAUGCUCAUGGUCAGAGCAAAAACUGGUUGCAAAGGUUAGUUCCCGUAUUAAGUUCAAAAAGAGAAGAAGCUAGGAACCUCGCCGCAUUCCACUUUUGUAUGGAAGCUGGAAUAAAGAAACAACAAGGUAACACAGAAAUCUUUAGGGAAAUCGGAGCUAUAGAGUCAUUGAAAAAAGUCGCCAGCUGUCCUAAUGCGGUGGCAUCGAAAUACGCCGCUCAAGCAUUAAGACUCAUAGGAGAGGAAGUACCUCACAAACUGUCGCAACAAGUUCCUCUUUGGUCAAUAGAAGAUGUACGAGAAUGGGUGAAGCAAAUAGGUUUUUCCGAAUACGCCAAUAACUUUUACGAAAGUCGAGUGGACGGAGACUUAUUGUUGCAAAUAACAGAAGAUAAUCUCAAAGAAGACAUUGGAUUACAUAAUGGAAUCAAACGUAAAAGAUUCACCAGAGAACUUCAACAGUUAAAGAAAAUGGCAGACUAUAGUUCACGUGACACUGGCAGUCUAAACGAAUUCCUACAAGGCAUUGGGCCCGAAUACACAAUAUAUACAUAUUCCAUGCUGAAUGCUGGUGUGGAUAAGGAAUCGAUUCGAGGGUUAAGUGAUGAACAACUAGAAGUUGAAUGUCGGAUAGUUAAUAGCAUACACCGACUCCGAAUCCUGAACGCAAUACGAGCCUACGAAAACAAUUUGCUCAGUAAAGGCGAAGAGAAUAUGGAAAAGAAAUUGGACGUGUUUGUAAGCUAUCGUCGGUCAAACGGUUCACAAUUAGCGAGUUUGUUGAAAGUGCAUCUGCAAGUGCGAGGUUUUACUGUGUUCAUCGAUGUGGAAAGGUUAGAAGCGGGCAAAUUCGACAAUAACCUACUCCGAAGCAUACGGCAAGCAAAGCACUUUUUAUUGGUCCUUACACCAAACGCCCUUGAAAGAUGCAAGCAUGACACAGAACAAAAAGACUGGGUUCAUCGGGAGAUAGUGGCAGCGUUGCAAUCACAGUGCAAUAUUGUACCAAUUAUCGACAACUUUGAAUGGCCAGAACCUGAAGAGCUACCCGAAGAUAUGCGUGCCGUGUGUCACUUCAACGGCGUACGCUGGAUACAUGACUACCAAGACGCCUGCGUUGAGAAACUUGAGAGUUUUCUUCGCGGUAAAUCCAACCUUGCAAAUAGGUUGGAAGGUGCACUUAGGAGUCGUGGUGACGUGCCGACGCCCGGCACGGCUACCAUCGGUCGCGGUCCGCCUAACUAUCAACGUAUGCACUCUAGCGAAAGUAGAGGCAGCGAUAAAGCAGAUUGACUAGAAACGUUACACACUCUGCCUCCAGUAAGACCGAGAAGAAGCCGGCAGUCAUCAGUAGAAAAAGCUUUGGCAAACUCACAAAAUUGUGAUCAAUCAACAAGCAGUAGUAGCAGCACCUCCAAAACAAAUUCGCCUGUUAAAACUUUAUACAGUGUUCCUGAAAGACUAUCUGAAAGUAAUGAUACUGUAGACACAAAAGAAUUACAUGAAAAUCUCAAUAGAAAAUACAUUUGUCCUGUCUGCGAAAACCCUGUAGAUUCCUAUGAACAUACACAGAUGUCUCUACCCGCACCCUUAGAUGCUACAACACAAAGCAAGAGGAAGAAAAAUUUCAUGGACAGAUGUGUGAAUAAAGUGAGACUUUGCUAAUGAGGACUGCAAAAUGGCUUUAAAAAUAAACACUGGAAGUGAUUUAAGAGUGUGUAACAAUAGACUGUUUAGCUGCGUUUCCACAUGCUGAUUAAAUCUAAAGGAAGAUAUCAUUAAAUGCGGCAUUGAUUGCAUUUCAGUUAAAACGCCGUUAUUAUAUUUAAAUAUUACAUAUUUAUUGUGUAUGUAUAUGAGCUUGUUCACAGUGCGGCAAGUAGUGACAAUAUUAUGAUCCCAGAUGUUAAUAGUGCAAGUGUUUAUACAUGGAAACUUCAGUUUAAUUGGACUUAUUUCACAUAUGUGAAUCUUAUUUUAAAGUACAAAAAUGUGCACAAUAAUGUAAAUAAUUUGUGUAUGAAAUGUACCAAUAAUUGGUAACUUGAAUUGUGUAAUCUCAAAGAGUGCAUGUGUAAUAUUACAUAUGAAAUGUGACUAGUGAUUACUACCCUGUUAUGUUUUGAGAACAUCACAUGAGGUGGUAAUGAAGAGAAUUACAGUUUGUACAUUGUAGUAUGGCAAAUUGCUUUAGUUACUUUGGCUAAUUAAGAUUUAUGUAACUCACUCUCUCUUCACUCUCUAUAGAAUUUAAAAAAAUGAAUUUAUCGAUGUAUUCUAUUUUAAUUUCUUGCCACUAAAGUAUUUUUGUAAAAUACAAAAGUUCUUAUGAAAUUACUAUUUGCAUAUGUGAUAGCUUAGAUCUUUUACAUGUUAUAAAUAAAAAAAUUAAAUUCAUUCUUAUAUAUUGACGUUCAGUGUAAUAAUUUAUUUUCUCAAAUCGCUGUAUCAAAAUUGUCUUGUACCUUUUAAGUUAUAAUUAAAUUGCUGUACAAAAUUUUACUUUAGAUUUAAAUUUAGUCAUUCACAUGAGUUAACCAUGAUUAUGAUAAAUUUACCUUGUCAUGAUUAUAUAUCUAUGUUCUAGCCUAACCAUAAAAUAAAUGGAAUUAAUCAA